GUGGGCUAGCGAAGUGGGCAAAGAUGGCGGCGUGUCUCUUUAGGCGACUUCUAAAUACGAUAAACUCGCGGACUCCGGCAAAGAAUUGGGAUCUCCUCUCCAGUAACGUGCGGAUUACCUCCGCGCUCGACGCGUCGAGGUGGCGUAAUGCAAACGGACAGAUAAAACACUUCCACUCGUCCGCUCUCCUCAGUAAGAAAGAAAUUCCGGGCGCCGGCAUCUGGUUAGAAAAAAAUAAAGAAAUGUUUCCUCCGCAGGAACCUCACGAACCUCGGAGACCUGCCUGGGUCUGUCACAACCGAGACAACAUCAAAUACAGUCCAAAAAACAUGCAAUAUUUGGCUGCCGGAAUAAGAGGAAUGUCGGUGGAUGAAGCCAUCAAGCAGCUCUCUCACGUGCCGAAAAAGGGCGCCCACAUUAUUAUCGAAGUUUUAAAAGAAGCGCAAGAAUUAGCAGUUAACGAGCAUCACGUGGAAUACAGGUCGAACCUGUGGAUCGGGGAAUCGUUUGUUGGAAAGGGAAGAUACAUCAAGGGUCUUAGGAAACAUGCUAGAAUGCGAUUUGGAGUGGUCAAAUAUAGAUAUUGUCACUAUUUUGUCAGACUGGUUGAAGGUCCUCCGCCCAAACACUACUACCCGCCGGAAGCCACCGGAUACGAGAAAUUACAAGAGUACAUUCAGGAGUUGAGAGAUCGUAGAAUUAUGGGAUCGUUGUAAUGACACAAAUCAUCAUUAUUUUGUUCUAGUAGUUACUUUAUUACUGUAAUAAAUUCCAUAAAUUAUUGA